AAGAAGCGUAAGAAAGCCCAGAAAAAUCCAAUAAUUCAGUUGAGCCAGAUAAAAAAUGUCAUUUACGGUUUUCUCCCCCAUUCUCUUUUCUUCUCCAAGUUCACAUUCACUUUAUUUCUAUUUAUAUAAGGCCGCAGUCCAAGUGCAAUGCCUCGGCUUCAAUUGUAAAAUAAUUGAGCACAUUAAAAUUUUAUUUUUUAUAUAUGGAUUCCAAAAGCUUCCUAAAAAUUAUAGCUCUUCUGGGCUUUCUCUCACUACCUCACCAAGCUUUCGGCUCAAGCCGCCGCCUCUCUCUUCUCCCGGACGGCGAUGAUGCGGCGCCGGACGGAGUUUGCUCCGCCGCCAUCACCGUACAUGGCUACAAGUGCCAAGAAUAUGAUGUGACGACUGAUGAUGGAUACAUACUAAGCGUGCAAAGGAUUCCUCAGGGCCGGGCCGGAAGCCGAGGCCCGAACCGGACUCCGGUUCUGCUCCAACAUGGUGUCCUUGUGGACGGGAUGACGUGGGUGUUAAAUUCUCCAGAACAAUCUCUAGCGAUGAUAUUGGCUGAUAAUGGGUUCGAUGUUUGGAUUUCCAACAUUAGAGGAACUCGGUUUAGCCGCCGCCAUCUCCAACUUGAACCUCACGAUCCUGAAUUCUGGGAUUGGACAUGGGACGACCUAGUGAUCUACGACUUACCAUCUGUAAUCGAUUUAGUCUUCAAAAAAACCGGUCAGAAAAUUCACUACGUUGGCCACUCAAUGGGAACUUUGAUAGCUUUGGCCUCAUUCUCAGAGGGGAAACUGAUAGACAAGGUUAAGUCGGCUGCUUUGUUGAGCCCAAUUGCAUAUCUAAGUCAUAUGACUACUGCUCUAGGAAACAUGGCCGCUAGAGCCUUUGUUGGUGAAAUCACUACUGCGUUUGGUCUAGCAGAAUUCGACCCCAAAGGGCAGCCGGUGGCUGAUUUUCUGAAUGCACUGUGUCUUACUUCUGGAAUAGACUGCUACGACUUGAUGAGCGCACUAACGGGAAAGAAUUGUUGUCUCAAUUCAUCCACAGUCGACAUUUUUCUCAAGAAUGAACCUCAAUCCACAUCGACUAAGAACCUUGUUCAUCUAGCUCAAACGGUUAGAGAUGGAGUCCUGUCCAAGUACGACUAUGGCAACAAAGCGUUCAAUUUGGAGCAUUAUGGUGAGUCGAGGCCUCCCGUUUACGACUUGACCAAAAUACCCCCCAACUUUCCUCUCUUCUUGAGCUAUGGAGGAGAAGACGCGUUAUCGGACGUUAAGGACGUGGCCACAUUGCUUGAUGCUCUUAAGAAUCAUGACGUGGACAAGCUUCACGUGCAGUACAUCAAGGAUUAUGCUCAUGCCGACUUUAUUAUGGGGAUAACUGCUAAGGACGUUGUUUAUAAUAAGAUCCUCUUACUUUGGGGGCACCUGCCACAGCUCAAGGUCAAGCUUAAACUCAUGGCCGUCGCCACAGGCUUCUUCCCGCUUUCUUCACGCGCUGCGCUACCCUCGCUUACUCUCCCCACGUGCCGCGCUUCCUCUUCUCCCACAUUAUUGAAGCGUUUGCCGCCGCCGCCGCCGCCGCCGCCGCCGCCGCUAUUGCUCCAUCAAGAGCUUAAUACGAGCCCUAUUUCCACUUCAUCCUGCGCUCUUCACUGCCCCCACUUUCAAACGUGUUCUGGUUGUACUCACGAGUACAACCUGCACGAUCCGCCCAUUCUAGAUGAAGCGAUUAAAUUCUUCAACGGCAUCGGUGUUUCUAAUUUCACUUUCGACAGCUGUAGACUUUGGGAAUGGAGGUGUCGUGCGAAGCUUGCAGUUCGUGGAUCAUCUAUGAGACCAUUGAUUGGUCUAUAUGAAGUUGGCACUCAUAAUGCAGUGGAUAUUCCGGAAUGCAAAGCCCAUCAUCCGAGCAUUAAUGCUGCUGUUGACUUACUAAAGCAAGCAAUGGCUGAACUGAAUAUUAUACCAUAUGAUGAAGACCUGGGCACUGGUGAACUAAGAUAUGUUCAGAUGGCUGUGACGACAUACAACACAUCACUUCCUGCAUCUGAAAGAUACAAAAAAGGUAAGGUGCAGGUUGCUUUGGUUUGGAAUUCGAGAAAUGAGAACUCUCCAUCUUGUGACAAAUUGAAUGCGCUUGCCAAUUAUAUGUGGAUCAAAGGGGGACCAAAGAACGAUGUGCAUUUGAUCCAUUCCGUUUGGGCUAACUUUCAGACAUCAACAAAUAAUGUUAUUUUCGGUAACAGGUGGAGACAUCUUUUUGGUGAGAUAGACUUCUGGGAGCAUGUUGGAGGAAUUGAUGUUUCCAUGGUCCCUUCAAGCUUUGGGCAAGCAAAUACAAGGGCUUUCGAUGCUCUGCUUCGUAAACUACAAAAGUAUGUCCCUUUUGGUGCAUCAGUGGUUGAUCUUUAUGCUGGUGCUGGUGUAAUUGGCUUAUCUUUGGCUGCCACAAGGAAAUGCAGGUCUGUGAAAUGCGUGGAGGUGAACAAAGAAUCAAAACAUUCUUUUGAAAAGACAGCUUCUCGAUUACCAACCAACACGGAGAGCAGCAUCAGCUGGCAUCAUGCGGAUGCUUCAAAAGACCCACUUUCUUGGCUCAUUGGAUCUGAUGUUGUGGUAGUUGAUCCUCCACGGAAAGGACUAGACCCAUCUCUGCUCAAUGCUUUACAAUCAGUUUCAUUCAUGAAAAUCAAAGAUAUUUUACCUGAAAGUACCCAGAGAAAGGUUAAACUUGAGAAAAGGCCAUGGGUUCUUCGAGAAAGAGAAACUUCAGUUCACAGCAAUAGCGGGAUUGUGGAGAAUGAGAGUCGUUCAUUGCCUCAAACUCUAAUAUAUAUAAGCUGUGGAUGGGAUACAUUGAGAUCCUGGCUGUUUUCAAAAAAGGACCAGCGGCAACCCUUAAGGGAAAGAAAUCUAAAAAGAAAAGACCCAGUUAAAGCGCAAAAUUAUAUCCGAAGAUGCAAGAUAGAGUUGCUGAGGAUAAAGAUUUUUAAGGAUCUCUAUCCGUUGUACUGUGAAAUUUGACUGGACAAAAAGAAUUUCGGUUUUCCAUUUUCUGCAAUUGCUCCAUUGGACAAUGUUGUGUAUACUAUAUAGACUUAAUCAAAGAGAUUAGAUGAAUUUAACUGCUAUGUCGUGUGAUAGUGUCCGGUGACAGACAAUAUACAACUAUAGACAUUUAUAUUCUUAUAAAUCUGGACAAAAAUGAAUUUAUUCAAUAAACAAAGGAUUUUGUGUUUUUCUGAAAAGUGGCAGUAUAUCGUGUUUGUGAAAAUCAAUGUCCCUUCUCACUUCCGGUGGACUUUCCCAGUUGAGGAAAGUCACUCAAUAUGUUGUGUGCUCUCAAGUCCUGCCUCGUCAAAAUUCCCACAACGGGAGGCACCUAUCAAACGGUCAAAACAACAGUACAAGCAUGUGACGGAGGCCCAUUUGCCUAAACAGCACCAUCGCCUUCGCCAGUGACAUAUUCUCCACCACACUGUACGGCGUCAUAUUGGUCAAGGGAUAUAAAUCAGCAAACAUCCCCAUUUCGUCCCCAGUCACACUCACCUCCUCAAUCUCCCCCGACCUUUCAUCCAAAUCAGUCGAACUAAUCUUUUCCCUCACUUCCCACUCAUCCAUUCUCCUUUUUUCUUGCAGGAACCAUUUCUUCUUCAAAAUCAAUACAAGGUGUGACCUCAAGAUCAACCCAUGCAGUUCUCCUCCGUCCACUACCGGAAAACCGUUGUGCGUUGUAUUUUUCAACACCUCAAUAAUUCUGCUCACUUUCUCAACCCCACUCAGACUAACAACUCCCGGCUUUACAUCAACUAGCUCACCAACCGUUACAUUCCUCAUCCACGGCUCAGGAUGCGCAUCAAGAAAAGGAGAAGUAGGUUAUUAGUGAGCUCAAGGAAUAUCACACAUAGCGAGACAGUCAUUCUCAUGGAGCCUGCCAUGAGGGAAGCGGCCCCAAGCACAGCGUACAGGCCCUGGUCGAUCCUCGUGUAUGGGCCCAUAACAAGGCCCAACAAGCGGCCGUAGGCCGAGCCCAUUAAGAUAAUGGGGAGGAAGAGGCCCGACGGGACGGCGAUGCCGAAAGUUAUGAGGCCCAACACGCAGUAGAGGGAGAAGAAGAUGAGGAGAGAGAAGAUUUGGAAUUCUUUAGGAGUGUUUACGGAGAAGAUGUUGCGGACUGCAUCGUCAUUGGUGGUGAGGAGGAGAGUGGCCAGGUCAUUGUAGUGGCCGUUUGGGCAGUUGAACUGUUUGAAGUUGCCUGAUCGGCCAGUUGUUGGGCAGGAAGAGUGUAGGCGGGAGGAGUCACAGGGUUGGCAUCUCGCGAGGAAAGGGAGGCCAUACGUGCAUAUGGAGGUAAAGAUUGAUACGGUCAAACUGAGAAGGAUUUUGUGAAGCUUUCCCUUCCUGCGUAAUGGCAUUGCGCAUUGUCAAAAUCGGAAGGUGUUAGUUAAAUGGAACUUCUGCUUAAGGAGCACAAUUGAGAUUCAAGCACAUCAGAAAAACGAGCCUUACCGGUUGAUAACAUUGUAAACCUUGAGGACCUUAAGGAGAAGGUGGUUGUAAAGGCCCCCCAACACCCCACCAAUCACACCUAUCACAGCCACAGGGAUAAUAUCCACCGCGUGAUACCUCACGGUAACAUCGCUCACGUCAAACAUGAUCAACCCUCCUUGACCAAACAGCCCGCAACCCCCAGACUUGCAGUACUCCACGAAAGCCCUCAGCACCACAACCACAACUGCUGUGCUGAAAAAAGUCCUCCAAAGGAGAGCGCUCCUCCACCACGUGGCCACCUCUUCGAGGGCAAAAAGGACUCCUCCCACUGGGGCCCGGAAAGCUGCACAGACGCCGGAUGAAGAGCCACAGGUGAUGAGGUCACGCCUGUCUCUGUCGUUGUUGAAGUGUCUUCUCAACCAGUGCCAUUUUGCGCGGUGGUUGUUGGGCCCACCUUGGCCCAAUAGGUAGGCUAUGCAGGUCCCGAUGUGGACCAAUGGGCCUUCUUUCCCGAGAUCUAAGCCCGCGGCUACGGCUCCAAUGCUUCCGAUUAUCUGGAAUGAUGGGAUAAUUGUCGUUUGGUCCACUCUUGCUAGAUUUUUUCUUAAAUUCAGUGGAAUUCCUGGACCAGCAGCAGUAGGUGCAAAACAAGUGCAUAAAAUGGUAGCUACCAAUGUCAGAAGAAAGUUAACUCCAGCCACAUACACUAGUCCCAUUAUGUACCUUCAUCCAUCAAACUAAAUGUAAUAUUACUGCACCUUUCCUGCUCGAUAUACUGGACCACAGCAAGGAGUUUGUAGCCCGCAAUAUUUUCAACGGCUAGAUUGAUGAGAGUGGCUACAAGUCCUGUUAGAAGCCCAACAAGAAAUGCCAGCAGCCAUUUGAAGAAGAUAUGCUGCAAUACUUCAACUUGUGAUCUGCUCCUCCAGUCUUGCUUGAACAGGUCAUUUUCAUUUAUCCUGUACCGAUCACAAACCAAAUCUAUAUUAACAUUCUGAAUAACCAUGCAACUAUUGAGAUGAUAAGGUAUUUAAAUAUCACAAAAUCUGAUCUUACUCAUAAUCCAAGCUCUCCACGUGAGACAACGUGGACCCAACUAUGGCGAGCGGACUCAAAGAAAAUGUUUGAUUUCUUUUGAGCAGAGGCUGAUGAAGCCUGUUGCUUUCAGGGUCAUUUUCUUCCCUUUCAUCUCCUUCCUUUUGUAUGCCAGCUGCUUCCUCUUCUGGUAACUUGUUAAAAUCCUCCAUGAGUGCAGAUUUUUUAUUGCUGAUUUUCGAAAAGAAGCAACUGUGUGGCAGUUAACCAGCAUGCAGUUCUAAAUGAAAAAAAUGAGCUUGUUCCUUAGUCUUUGGAAGAAAUAACAUGUUGGAAUUUGGUUCAGAAUCAAUCACUGUUUGUUUGCCUCGACAUAGUUAAUAAUGCUAACAUUGACUUGGGGGAUUUUCAUAUAUUAUAUUAUGUACAAGGGCAAUGCUGUGUUGGAAUGUUCUCCAAUUUUGAAAAGUGAAUAGAUUGGAGAAAUAUUGAAUGAUAAUUUUAGUAAGGCUCGCCUUCUUGCCGGUGCUAUCUAGCCCUUCGGUGGAGUUUUUAGUUUCGGAGUUUGUAUCUGUAGCUCUUUAUGUUCGUGGGUUGCUUUGUGUUGGGUGUGGCUUGUGUGCUAGGUCGUGGUUUGGGCGCUGGUUGCCCACGUUGUGUAGGG